AACAGUUCAAGUAAAAACAGAUGGUGAAAAAACAGAGGCAGAAGAAAGAAGAGAAAUGCACGCAGCAAAACUUUUCCUAUCAAAUGUCGGAAAAUGUUGUGUUUGUGAAGAAAUAGGUCGAGUUUACUUCAGCAUAUUCUUAUGUAACGAGUGCCAGUCAAAAAUGAAUGAACUGGUUAAAAAGGCGCAAACAGUUUUCUGCCGUGUUGGAUGUCCCAAAAAUUGUUCUUCCUGUCUUCUUUCUAUCGUUUUCCAAUACUUGGAGGUGAAUAAUUUUUUUAGUAAGUGUUUUUAUUACUUAGAGAUUGUCUUAUUUCUUUUUAAAAUUUAUUUAUUUCAUACCCAGCAUAUGAAGAAAUCGAUUACAAUUUGAAAUUAAUGAUACAGUAUGUGGGUGCAGGAUCGAGAGACGAGUCUUUGGAAGAAAAAGGUGCCGAUGCUCACUUUGCCAAAUACUUGGAUCGGUGUUGGGAUCGAUAUGUUCAAUGGAUCUGGGAGCAGAAAGACAUCUUUCAACUGAACGUCGACCAAGUGAUCGUUCUUUUAAAAGCAAAUGGCAACAAAGGAAAGUACCUAACAGCAAUAGCCGAUCAGGUAGGCAAAGGGCCAGCUUUCAAAGUGGACGGGGGAUACAUCAAUCCAGAUGACAUAAAAUCCCACAAGCACAGAUGCUUGCUCUUUUCUAUCCUAAAAGCAGCCAGACAGAUGUUCGAUUUUGAAUUUACAUUUUACCAUUUGUACCUCCUAAAGUUGCUUUGUUUCUUCGAGUUAGACGAGACAGCAAGCGGAGCGUGUAUCGCUCAUCCAGAAGCAACGAUAUUAGCUAAAGAAUAUUCGAUCUUAUUAAAGAAAAUAUGUGAAGAAAAAGAGCAAGUGGAAACAGUCGAAGAAGUUAUGAGUUUGGUACAGUCCCUUGACAAGCAACUGACCAUCAGAGAUAAAAACAGUAAGACAGUGGAAAGACAUAUCGAGGAUUUAUUGGAGGAAAAUCGAGGAAAGAUCAGUUUUCAACCUCCACAGUGGAUUGCAGACUAUGAAAAGGGGAAACAAGCUAUUAAAGAGGGCAUCGUACUGUACGUUAUGCAAAGAGCUUCAAAGCCAGAUCAACGCUCUCACAAGGUGGAACUUGUUUCACUCGAAAUUAACGAAUGGGUUUUGGUCAACAUAUGA